UACAUCAUCGCGUCGUCGUUUCCACGUUCACGCUGGGUUAGAUUUUUAAAAUGUUUAACAAAAAGCCUCGCAGAAAUUUCAGGCAAAGGAAGGAUGAAUCCAGUGAGGAAGAGGAGAAUGAAAAAGUCGCCAACAGUGACGCUACGAAGGAAACGGAGAAACCGAUCCACUUUUCAACAGUAGAUUUAGCGCGAAGAGGGUUUUCAAGUGGUUCAAAAUCACGAAGGUCUGACUCGAGUGAUGCGGAGGAACCAGCUGUCACUUCACUGCAGUCUAAAGACAAUAAUCACUCAUCAAAAACAAACACGCUCAGCUUUCUCGAGGACAAGGAUUGCACUGAGGGAAGUUCUUUUAGAGUGAAGCGAGCAGUUAAUAAAGAAGUGCUUUUCCAAGCACGAAAAAAGGAGGAUCCCGCUGUACCGUUACCAAGCUCUCAAGUUAAGAAGAAGGUAGAUCUCGGUGUGCAGUCUGACAGUGAUGCUGAGGAUGUACUGCAUGACAGUGAUGAUGGAAGCUCUUCUACCAUCUCAAGUUUAUCCAGUUCAUCGAGUUCGUCAAAACCACAGACAGUCACCAUCCCGGAUGCUAGAAAGAUUCAUGCUGCCAAAGAGCAGAGAAGACAAGCCCGAGCACGGAAAGAUUACAUCCCACUGGAUUCACCCAGCACUCCCGGAAGUCUAAUGGAAGAAGAUCGGAGCGAGGCUGAGCAAAACAGCGAUGAUGAGCCAGAUGAUCAUGAACGCCGAAUCGAGUUCGCACCCAAACCCAAGACUCUGAGAGAGCGUAUGGCCGAGAAGAUGGAGAGUGAUAGUGAAGAGAGUUUUUCAGAUAGUCAGGAGGAGGAAGACCAGCACAUUUGGGAGGAGCAACAGAUCGGAAAAGGAGUCAGUAAACACCAAAAGCGAUAUCAGGCUCCUGUGAGACAAAAAAGAAAAACGAAAUUGGACAUCCCUGAAACACCUCCAGCAGUCAGCAUCAAUGUCAUAAAGAAAAGAAUUGUUGGAAAAUUAGAUUCGCUGAGGGAGGUGCACAGGGCACGGGAGGCAGAACUAAGGAGGAUUCAGCUGGAUGUGGAGAUGGCCAAGAGCUCUUUAGAGAGCCUCGAAAAUCACCCUGCAGACGAGCAGCUCUGCUUCUACCGCACCAUGAACAUUUUCUCACAGAACUUGCUGGAAUGCCUGUCUGAGAAGAUGGCUUUGAUAAACUGGGUCGAGUUGGAUAUGCACAGUCUUUACAUUGACCAGGCGGAGGCGCUGUUGAGUCAGAGAAGAGAAGAAGUGCAAGAGGAAUCAACUCGAAUUCAAAAGCUAACCUAUAAUACUGAUUCACAAAGCAAUGGUGACGCCACUGGAGGUUCCAGCCCGGCUCUGCAGAGUCUUCAUAUGUUUUCAUGUCUUAGCUUGCUUGACUUUUCUGAAGAAGAGUGUUUACCGUCUGAUUGGGAACCGGCGACCGCUCAGGAGGCGGAGCUACAAAGUAAAAGAGCUGACCUACUGAAAAGGUCUCAGGAAAUAUUUGCAGAUGUUCAGACGGAAUUUUGGGACGUGAAGAAAAUCCUAUCCAGAUUUGAUGAGUGGCGUGUCUCGUUUCCAGAAUCCUACAAUAAUGCCUACAUUGGACUGUGCCUUCCCAAACUUCUGGCCCCUCUGAUCCGACACCAGCUUAUUGGCUGGAAUCCACUUAAGGCAGAGGGAGAGGACUUUGAGGCGUUACCGUGGUAUUCUGCUGUUGAGAGGUUCUGCCAUGGUCAGGGUUAUGAAGAAUCGGAGAACAUGGAUAUGAAGACACUGCCCACCAUAUCUGAGAAGACAAUCUUAUCCAAAGUUCAAGGUUUUGUAGAGCUGGUGUGGGACCCUCUGUCUUCACAGCAGUCUAACAACCUCACCACACUGUGCAAGAGAAUACAGGAUGACUAUUCUGUAUUUGAUGGUGAACAAAGCAAACCAGUCAAGGCCUUUGUAGAAGCAGUUAUUCAGAGACUGAGGACUGCAGUAGACAAUGAUGUCUUUGUCCCACUUUACCCCAAAAAGUCUGUCGAUGACAGGAGGUCACCACAGUUCCUGUUUCAGAACAAACAAUUUUACUCUGCUGUAAAGUUGCUUGGUAAUAUGGCUUUAUGGGAUGGAUUGAUUCCAGAGCAGAUUCUUAAAGAGCUGAUGUUGGAAAAACUCCUGGGUCGUUAUUUGAUGAUUACGGUCCUUAAUGAUUCUAGUCCAAAACAUACCAUCCAGAAAUGCAAAAAGAUUGCAGAUUGUUUCCCAACAUCAUGGUUUAUGGAUGUGAACAUUGGGUCGUCUCUACCUCAGCUACAGAACUUCCGAAAACAUCUUGAACAGGUUGCUCACAUGAUAUGCAAGGACAGCAGUGAUCCCAGCAGUACUCGAGCACUUUUAUCUGAAGUCUUGUGUUUACUUCAGAAUAUCAAGGCAGACGACAGUAUUACGACUAUUAUAAACAAAUAUCAUUGUGAAGAUCUGUUGAAAGCUCAGUGGCAUCCAUGAACAUCUUUUUAUGUUUAAUAUGUACAUGUAUAGUGAAUAAAAUAUUUGGUCCAUGUGGCUGUAGUUUAAUUCACUUGCUGCUUUUUUACUUCUUUCUAAGACAUACUCCUCUACAUUUGUAAGUCGCUUUGAAUAAAAGCGUCUGCUAAAUGACUAAAUGUAAUGUAAAUGUAAAUUUCAGUAUUACAGUUUUUCGUGAUUCCUAAAACACAAUUAACCAUUUUCUGACAACUAUAAACACAUUCUCAGAACAAUACACCAACUUGUACAAACCCCAUACAAAAUGUCAUUUUGCAAAGGUUUGACCAUGUUCUCAUUCAGAAAACACAUAACAUAAUGGACUGAUGUGUCGAGAUGUAAACUCAAAUUGCACAUUUAUCCAUCAGUAAACAUUCAGUAGCAAAACUGAUGACAAACCAAUCAGAAUCUCAGGAUAAUAUCAGUAGGAGCACAGGAAGUUGGGCAUCCUAGAAUCAUCUACUGGGCUUUAUACUACUUAAACAUACAGUAUAAUUGCAGUACACACUUUAUAUGAGAGAAAUUUCACUAUUCUAUAGCCCGUGUACACCCUCAAAUUUGUGAUUGUCAAGUUUGCAAAUUUGUAUUUGUAACCGUUUUUACCUGCUCCGUUUUUUUGGAGAACUCCGAGAUGACUAAAGGCCAAAAUAGACUACAAGACUUUUGCUCGGAUUUUGCCCAUUUUUGAAAUUUAAGUCACUGCCAGUCUGCAGAUUUGAGCAGUAGGUGAGUUUCCAUCUGAAACUUUUAAAAAGUGUGCAAGUGUAUGAUUUCUAGUUUAAAGAAAUUCUGUUAAUAUUUUGUUGUGUAUUCCUGCCACAAGAAAAGAAAAUCUGCUUUAGUAUACUUUUACGAAAUUGUGCCAAAGGAACAGAGAAUCCCAUAUUUUUUAUCGCCUCCUUUUGAUAAAAUCACUUUACUCUAUUUCCUAUAUCUUCUCUUUACUUCGCUUUGGAUAAAAGCAUCUGCUAAGUGCCUGAAUGUAAAUAUUAUUUGUGCAGUUGUAUACAUAUUGUUCUUUUUUUUUUUUAGUUUUCUUGUCUUGUAAAAUCAUCUAUAUCAUCUACUUUCAUCUAAGAUGACUUUAGAUUACAGUAGUGUAAUGUUGUUCCCCCUAAAGCUCAUUGUUGCAUUUUGCUCUAUCUGAAAUAAAAGUAAGUUGGCUUAUAUUAA